AUGUUAAAAUCAAUUAAAACCGUUAAUUUAAUAUCACUUAUAUUCACUAUUCUUACCAUCAUAACAACUUCUGUAAAUGCGGGAGCUAAUUUCAAUUGUCCAAGCACCGCCAAUACUACUUCAGAUACUGAAUAUAAUGUACUUCUCAAAACAAAAUCUCCAGAAGAAGCACUGGAACAAUUCAAAAUUAUUGCAAGCUGCUUUGGAAUAUCUGAUAAAUUGGAGGAGUUACUCUCAGAUAAAGAUACGGUAGAUAAAUGUAUUGAAUACGCAAGUGUUAAUAUACCUUCAGAACCUCCUUCUGUACCUGUGGGACUUCCUAGUGUACCUUCAGGACCUCCUUCAAUACCUUCGAAACCUCCGAACCCUCCUAAUAUACCUGUGGGACAUCCUAAUAUACCAUCGUUUCCUGCAGCUACAACUACAAUAAUACCCUUAGCG